AUGGUGACUAUCAAACUAAGCGCAGAGUGUAAGCUUCAUGAAAAUAAUAAAAUAAUAGAAAAAUCAGUGGUGCAUGAAAUGACUAACUUAUUUUCUUAAUUUGAUGCUUCUUUUUCAUUACAAUCUAUUUCUAAGCAACUCCAACGAUAAAAAUCUGACAGCAUUCCACUUGCUAAAGCUUAGUCGAUUAAUAUUAAUAAGGUCAUGCUGGCGUUGCAUAGCAACCCUCUCAGAGCGUACUGGACGUAACCUAAUUAUUAUUCAUGACCCAGGUCUUUAUAAGCAUCCACCUACUAUAGCGUCUAGCUCGCAGCCAAUCAGGUAGGUAUUCCGGACAAACGUCACGUCGCGUAAUCAAUAUUCAUGAGCCAAUCCUGGAUGCAGCUGUGCAGAGCUCCUUGCAUCCCGUUGGCUGCAUCCUCCGUCAAUAACGAUGCGCUCGGUUCAGGAAUGGAGGUCUCUCUUCUAACAGCUGUACGGUGUGUCAGUGCUGGUGUUUAGUGAUUUAAGAGAUCAGAAACAAACAGAGGAUUAAUCCAAACAUGUACGGUUUUGUGAACCACGCACUGGAACUUCUGGUGCUGAGAAACUACGGUCCAGAUGUGUGGGAGGACAUCAAGAGAGAGGCUCAGGUUGAUGUAGAAGGACAGUUUCUGGUCAGAAUUAUCUACGAAGAUGCAAAAACAUACGACCUUGUGGCUGCUGCAAGCAAAGUACUAAAAAUAGAUGCUGGAGGCAUCUUGCAAAUGUUUGGGAAAAUGUUCUUUGAGUUCUGUCAGGAAUCUGUGUGUUAUGAUAUUAUCCUAGUGGUGGUAUCAGCUUGUUCUCUCCUUCAGAAUCUGGACGCAUUGCAUGACCAUCUGGGCACCAUCUACCCCGGCAUGCGCGCUCCGUCCUUCCGCUGCACGGACGCGGAGAAAGGGAACAACCUCAUUCUGCACUAUUACUCUGAUUGAUAUGGGUGUUAGGGUCUUCGUUAUUUGGUUAUUGGAUGGUUGAGCAGGGUUGCGCAGCAGAUUCAUGGAACUGAGAUUGAGAUGAAGGUCAUUCAGCAGAAGAGUGAAGAAUGUGAUCACAUUAAGUUCUUGAUUGAGGAGAAGGACUCGGAGGAGGAGGCGUUUUAUGAAGACCUGGAUGGUUUCGAGGAGAACGGGACUCAAGAGACGCGGAUCAGUCCGUAUACCUUCUGCAAGGCUUUCCCGUUCCACCUGAUGUUCGACAGGGAGCUGAUGCUCACACAGUGUGGCAAUGCCAUCUUCAGAGUUCUGCCGCAGCUGCAGCCUGGCGUCUGUAACCUGUCCUCGGUGUUUUCUCUGGUGCGGCCGCACAUAGACUUCAGUUUCCAUGGUAUCCUGUCUCACAUCAACACCGUCUUUGUGCUGCGGAGUAAGGAGGGUCUGUUGAACGUAGAGACUGCGGAGAGUGAAGAUGAACUCACAGGAACAGAGAUCAGCUGUCUCAGACUGAAGGGCCAGAUGAUCUCACUUCCUGAGACGGAGAACAUCCUUUUCCUGUGCUCACCAAGUGUUAUGAAUCUGGAUGACCUGACGAGGAGAGGUCUGUACCUGAGUGACAUUCCCCUUCAUGACGCCACCCGUGACCUUGUGUUACUGGGAGAGCAGUUUCGUUUGGAGUAGUAUGAGGUGGGGGAUGGGGUUGAUGUCCUGACAUAUGAUGUGCACAGGAUACGAUCCGUGGAGUGUGGGAAGAAGAAGACAGACAGAUUGCUGUAUUCGGUUCUACCUCCGUCUGUCGCCAAUGAACUUCGGCACAAGCGGCCCGUGCCUGCGAAACGGUACGACAACGUGACCAUCCUUUUCAGCGGCAUCGUGGGGUUCAAUGCGUUCUGCAGCAAACACGCAUCAGCAGAGGGAGCCAUUAAAAUCGUCAAUCUGCUCAAUGACAUCUACACCAGAUUUGACAUUCUCACGGAUUCUCGGAAGAAUCCUUAUGUGUAUAAGGUGGAGACUGUUGGUGAUAAGUACAUGACCGUGAGUGGUCUUCCGGAGCCCUGCACCCAUCAUGCAAAAUCCAUCUGUCACCUGGCCCUGGACAUGAUGGAGAUCGCUGGACAGGUGAAAGUAGACGAGGAUCCUGUGCAGAUCACCAUUGGAAUCCACACAGGAGAGGUGGUCACAGGGGUCAUAGGUCAGAGAAUGCCCCGUUACUGCCUGUUUGGAAACACCGUCAACCUGACAAGUCGUACAGAGACCACAGGAGAGAAGGGAAAGAUAAAUGUGUCAGAGUACACAUACAGGUGUUUGCAGUCGGUGGAAAACGCUGAUCCUCAGUUUCAUUUGGAGCACAGAGGACCUGUAACCAUGAAAGGAAAAAAAGAGCCAAUGAAAGUGUGGUUUCUCUCACGUAAGACCUAACGGACGCACCGUCUGCCGUUUUUAGUGUGUCAGUGCGCUAAUGUGUGUUCUUUCUGAAAUCUAUGAAUAGGAACAUACUUUGCUUUCUUCAUCCAGAUCUUUUUAUUCUUCCCCUCUCAAAUUAAGAAGGUUCUUUAGUGACCCGUGCAUUUCAAGUGCCAAUUAUCUCUGAAUCACAGAUAAUGACAGAACAGGGGGAAAGGGUAUUACGGAGCUGAUGGGAAACAAGCUCUACACAUUUCACACAGAAAUAUGGAAAUGACCGUCCAUUUGAUAUUAACGAUACUACUCUUGAGUGCCAACUAUUGAACUGAUUUAAUACAGAAAGAGAACAUCUGAAUAAAUACUACUGGAACAUGAUACUCUAUGCAACAUGCAGAUGUGCUCAUCAAGUGUUUAUUUCCAUCAUUUUUAUAUUUAUAGCAGAGAAUGCGACAGCAAGUUAUUUUCCUGUGUCCUGAGUGUUCGAAAUACCUAAAACACUGUUUUUGUUUUAAUUGUGCACAUUAAUUGAGAAAUAGAUGAAUCACAUGUAUUAUAUUGGAAAUACUCUAUAAUUAAUUUUGCUAGACGGAUGCAUGCUGUAAAUAAUAAAAACGCCUGCUCAUUGGAAUCAUAUUAACACUCUUACAUUGCAUCAGAGAAUUUACCAAAUAUGUAGAUAUAAGCUAUUUUAUGAUUACGGUUUAGUAUAUGUUAUUGUGUUGCUUUGAGGAGUCGUUACUGUGUGAAUGAAUGGAUUCUAAACGAGUUGAAUAUUAAACAUUUGAAAAGUGGAUCCGUUUGUAUUUAAGUUUGUAUUCAUUGAAUCUCACUGAUAGAGCUCUGUUUUGUAAAACUGUCAUGUCACGAUGAUUUUAUGUGCACCGCUAUUUGCAGCAUAUAUCUUGUAUUAAAAUAUUAUUUAAAAGA